AACUUCCAAUCCACGUAAGCUUUAUCAUAUUUAUAUAAAAUUGAUAUCGAACCUUAAAAUUAGGGUUUUGUGUGAUUUUAUCUCUGAACUGGGGUGUCUUCCAAAUCUAGGGCAGAGAAUGACGAAUGAGCCACCGUCUCUGAUCACGUCACUUCCGGACGACAUCGUCCUUGACAUCUUAGCGCGUGUACCAAGAUGGGACUAUCCAACUCUCUCCCUAGUUUCUAAGCACUUCCAAUCACUCGUUGUGUCCCCUGAGAUAUACUCGAGAAGAUCUUUGUUGAGGUGCACCGAAAACUUUUUAUACGUUUUAGUACUUAGUAAGCGUGGUUACUGUUUAUAUAUUCUUCACCGAAAAGCCUUUGUCCAUAUCUCUUCCCUUUCGGAUAUUCCUUACUGUGAAAGCUUUGUGGCAGUAGGUUCGAGGAUAUAUAUGUUUGGUGGGGUCGUUGGCGUCUCAUCCAAUGCGUUUAGCAUUGAUUGUAGAUCUCACACUGUGGAACCCCUUCCCCACAUGCCUAUAUGCUUGGCACAUACGGUUGCUGGCUUUAUGGACGAGAAGAUUUACGUAUUUGGACAGUGCAGUAUGAAGUCAAUGGUGAUGGUGGUUUUCAAUACAAAAACACAUAUGUGGGAGCCUGGAUUAAUAAAGCCAGACAUUUCGCCAGAGAUCUGGGAGUUUGGUUCUAUGGUGGUGAUGGCUGAUAAGAUUUACAUUAGGUCAAAUCCGAGUAGCUUUAUCUACGCGCCAAAGGAAAGUAAAUGGGAAACAGAUGAGAUGCUGAACUCCAAGAACUGGGGUAAUGAUUCGUGCGUCGUUGAUGACGUAUUGUACUACUACGAUAGUUACGAGGAUCGUUUAAGAGCGUAUGAUCCAAAGCAGAAGUGCUGGGGGGUGGUGAAAGGUUUGGAUGAAGAGUUGUUUGAUGAGAUAAGAAGAGGUCCAUAUUGGCCAUACACUGCGUGUUUCGGUCGGAAUCUGCUUUUGUACUUUUAUAAAAGAUAUCAAGAACCUCGGAGUAGAACACCAAGUAAGAUUUGGUGGGCAGAGAUUUCGCUGGAAAGACGUCAAGGAGGAGAGAUUUGGGGUAAAGUUGAGUGGUGCGAUAGGGUUUUGUAUGAGCAAUCUGAAUUUGCAAUGCCUGUAUCUGUUAUGGUUUAAUAAUGCAUUAACUCUCUUUCAUAAAUUGUAUUUUGUUUUUUCUUUUGUUUUUAUUUAUUUAUUUAAUUGUUAUGAUCUGUUUUCACCCAGAUGUCUAGAUGAGUUUUCUUUUCACUCACAGAUCGUUUCUUCUUCUUCAUUCAUAGAUAUUCAGGUGAAAUAUAUUUAGAAAAUUUGAUUCCUGCUCUUUAGUAAGAUCAGUGUAACUGAGGAAACAUCUACCUUUUAAUCUGUUGAUGUUUGUGAUAGUAUCCAAAAUGAACAAAAAGGUCCAGUACUGGUCAAGGAAGCUAGUACAAGGCCAAUCUGUAGAACUGUUGUAUAGUGUUCAUUAUUGUAGUUUUGGUUUGGAUUUUUCUUUCAGUUGGCAUUGGAGAUAAGACAAGCCGUUACUACUCUCGUACCCCAAUAGGUGUGGGACUGCGGAUUCGUAGCUAGAGGAUUUCAUGCCCGAACCACUUCUUUUAGUUCCAUGUAUAUAGUUAUUCUUUAUGUUUAGUGAAGAUAUGAGGAUUAUAAUAUGCCUUUUGUAGAAGUUGUUCCUUCAAGGAAAUGGUCUGUCUGAAGCAAUUCAUAACAAGUGACUUUCAAAGGUCAAUCAUGUAGGAUGGACUGCAUCCCUCCACAAAACCCAUAAAAAUAGAAGACUCGGCCCUCCAAGCCGGUCCAGGAUCAGCUUGGCCUUAAGAUAGAUCGGUCCGAUUACUUUUGAUUAUUGCAAUUUAGUAGGAUCAGUGUAUUUGAGGGAACAUCAACUAGUUAAAAUGUGUUUGAUGUUUGUGACGUUAUUAAAAUGAACAAAAAAGUACAGUGGUCAAGGAAGCUAGUACAAGGCCAAUCUCUAGAAUUAUUAAUGUACAGUGUUCACUUUUGUGGUUUUGGUUUGGAUUUUUCUUUCAGUUGGCAUUGGAGAUCAAUACAAGCUGUUACUACCUUCUCAUACCCCAAGAUGUGUGGGACUGCUGAUUCUAGGCAGAGGACUAUAAUAUGCCUUUUGUAGAAGUUGUUCCUUCAAGGAAAUGGUUCGUCAGAUGAAUCCAUUCAGUGGAAGAUAUAGCAUCUCUAAAGCAUCUUAUGACAAGUGACUUGUAAAGGUGAAUCACUCUCUGAAAUCUU